CUGCUGCGUAAGCCAGACGCGCACACCGGUCAACGUCCAAUUAAUCCACCACACAAUUUGGUUAGGUGGGUGGCACGUCAACCAUCUCCUUGGCUUUUCCAUCUGGUGCACCAGUGACAAAAAGCAAAACGAGGACCACUAUAAAAUCCAUCAUGAUUAUCAACACUCCUGCUUAUUCUAUUUCGGAUUCCGUCUCUUUGGACGAAAACAAUGGGGAAUUUCAUACCUCCCCUUCAGUGUAUGAGCCAGCUGAGGACACGUUUCUGAUGUUGGAUGUUUUUGAAUUGGACUUGGAGCACGUAAUUAAAAACCGGUUGUUAAAAACAAAUUCGGAUGAUGGUUCGUCUGCUAAAUGUGGACCACUGAUGGUUGUUGAAUUAGGAAGUGGUUUUGGCAUCCUUACUGCUGCUAUAUCAAAGGCGCUGAGUGAUACACUUUCAUCGAUUGCUGUUGGAGCUCACUGUAUAGCUGUAGACAUAAAUCCAACUGCUUGUCUUAAAACCAUUAUGACAUGCAAACUUAAUGAUGUUGAAGUGGAUGCAAUACGUGGCGACCUACUGACAUGGAUGCGACGUCCUGACACUACCAAUAUUAAUAAUGACGAAGAAGUGUAUGGCCCCAUUGAUAUACUUGUAUUCAAUCCGCCAUAUGUUCGAGGCCCUGAGGGUGAACGUGCACCAACACCUAAAGUAACAAAAAUAAAAACCAAAGACCAGGCGCUUGAUAAUCAAAAGCUAGUAGUGAUGGAAGAUGCCGCUUGGCUGGGUGGCGGCCCAGAUGGUGUAGAUGUGCUUAAGAGAGCCCUGCAUCAAGCAGCAGAUCUUCUAUCAGAGUAUGGAGUUUUCUAUGCCCUAAUGAUUGAUUACAAUUAUGAUGCACUAGUACGAGAUGAGAUUCAAGCUCGGCAUAAACGAGCUGACCAAAAUAUUUACUAUGACGACUUGAACAAUAUAGAGUUGACAACUUUUGGAAGCAGCCCUGCUAGCAGACCAUUAGUAUGCACUCGUAUCUUGUCCCGGAACAUCAUUGGUGAACGCUUAGCUGUAUACCGAAUUUAUCGACCUAAAGAUUUUAAUUGAUUGCACCCUACAUAAUUUUGGACUGAUUACUAUUAAAAUGCAUUAAUUUUAUUAACAUUCCUUUAUAUUUAUUUUUCAUUUUAUAUUUGACAUAUUGUUAUCAUUAUACUCCUUUAUGGGCAUUCACUGUGGUACUUACUGUAUCCCAUUCAAUUUAUUUCUAUUAAACUUUAUAUUACGCAAUUCAGUUAAA